CCUACUGUCAGAGGUAGGCCGCCGGUAACGAUAGUGAGGAUGUACUCUAUUCUAGCUCUCCUGGUCGUGGUAGGUGCUGUUUAUGCACAAGUUCCUCGACCCUGCAAUUCUCCACCUCAAUGGGAAAGCAGAGAGAUAAGAGUUGAUCCCUCCCAGAAGUUUAUGGAGCGUCGCCGCCUCAUCUAUGACGCAACAAACAGACGUGAAAGACGAUUCGAGGAGAUCGAAAUUGGAAGCGACAGAAGCUUUUAUGAUCAGCUCACUUUAUGGAAUGAAAACAAAAUGUACCAAGUAGAUCUGAAGACCAGAAAAUGUAACGUUACCGUUCCAUAUCGACCAUUUUUCCAACGUGGAACUUUCCCUGGAGAGAAGUUUGAUUAUGAGGGUGUGAUUGGCGGCGCUGGUCUCCCAAAUGAACAAGUCACAAUUCAGCAGUUUUCUAUGAAUACCACAGGAGACGCUCGAUUUUCUUUGGUAUCAUCUCCAGACUGCAUUCCAAUUCAAAACGUUCAUAUCACAACCAAAUAUGGAUAUGAACAAUCCAAUUAUUACGACUUAAGUGUUGGAAUUAGUGAUCCUAUGGCUUUUAUUCCACCCAGGGAAUGUGAAGAGGAAGAAGUUUUCAGAUUGUUUUUAGACCGAUUCCAUCUUAGAGCCAAAUGCCUUAGUGCAGACGUACUUGUAAUUCUAGAAAUUGUCUGUAAUGUAGAUCAGCCCACUUCUACUAGGUUAGCUUCCCCGUCUAUUUGGGAGUGCAAUGAAAUCAAAGUUGAUCCGUCUGCUAACGUCACCAAAAAACGGCGCUUGUCGUACGAUUCCAGAAACAAACGAGAACGAAGAGUAGAGACUAUUGAUAAAGCUAGCAAUAUAACUUCCUACGAUGAACUGAUUCUGUGGAAUGAGAAUAAAAUGUACAGGCUAGAUUUGAAAACCCGGAUAUGCAACGUUACAGUUCCACAUCGAGGUUGGAUACCACGUGGUACACACCCGGGAGAAAAAUUUUUUAGCCAAGAUUAUGUUGGAACACCUGGAUAUCCAAAGGAAAGACUCACAGUUUUACAUUACUAUGAUCUCAAUAUUGGUAUAUCGGACCCUAGAGUAUGGACUCCACCAAAAGAAUGUCUUCAAAGAAUGUUUCUCGUCGCAAUCUGUCUGUUGGUAGGUGCAGUUUCUGCACAAGCCCCUGUCCCUUGCAGUUCACCACCACAAUGGGAAGGCCGGGAGAUAAGGGUUGACCCCUCACAGAAGUACGAAGAGAAACGAUUUUUGGCCUACGAUGAAACACAGCAGAGGGAAAGGAUCAUGACAGAAAUAGAAAUUGGGUCAGAGAAGAAACUUUACGAUAUCCUUAUCUUACACCGUGAGAAUAAGAUGUACGCUGUUGACUUUUUAACGAAGAAAUGUAAUAUUACCACCAUCAACCGUCCUUUCCGUCCAAGGGGUGUCAUUCCUGGGUCAAAAUUUGAGGGGGAGGUCGUCAUAGGGGCAGCCGCCAUCCCCAACGAAUCUGUCACCGUUCUAGCAUUUUCUGGAAACUUUACUGGAGAGGCCUACACUGGGUUAGUCUCAUCACCAGACUGUUUCCCCAUCCAGAACAUACAUUUCUCCCAGAAAUAUGGAUUUGAGCAAUCAACAUACUAUGACAUCAAAAUCGGAAUAUCAGAUCCACAACUCUUCCUACCACCAAGAGAGUGUACCACACCCCCACCACCUGGAUACUAAAAUUAACAACAACAGA